AUGGUGCGUAAUAGGGGUGACAGGCGCGGGCGGCGCGGGGCGCCAUGCCGCCGCCGUUGGCUAGGCAGGGCCCGGACGCAGCCCUGGACACAUUCUCCUAGCGAUCACUGCAUCCACUCACGACCACACCCCAUAAACACUCGCGGCCGUAAUUUUCACGCAGCGCCGACGAGCGUACAGCGAGCAGUGCGGGAGAAUUUAUUUUUUGGAACGUACGACGCAUGCGUCCGCCUCGCGCCGUCGCGGCAGAUUUGGAUUGCAGCAGUCCGCGUUGCUGGCUCACCUAGACAGGUGUUGGCAACGCUAACACGUCACACGAGCUAA